AUGCUAGCUGAGCACUUGGCUCCCUCCUUAAGCUCACCGAAAUCCCACUUUUGGGUCGAUCUUUAUACCGGGAUGCCAUAUGAUUCAACUUAUCUAGAUUGUAAAGAAACAGCCAAAAAUGAAGUCAUUUCCUCAAGCAGGACAGAAACUAGUUGUGUAUCUGUUGAGACUGAAUUGUCUAGGCAGAUGAAUGAACUAGGGCUUCCUCUUUCCUUCUGCACAAACAAGGAGAAGAGAAAUGUAAAGGUUAGAGGAAAUAGAAAGGAUGGCAACAAGAAAGUUAUGUAUACUUAUGAAGAAACCAUAGAUGAAGCUUCAUUAAAUAGUUCUAUUCUCACAAAAGAUGACAUGCAAAUGGAAGCUACUCCAGAACAUGUAAAUGGUGUAACUUGUAGUGAUAUGAUUGUUGAUGACAAAAGGGAGAAUCCAAAAGAUGAAAUGAUUGAUCAUUGUUGUGAUACAAUUGAUAGUGGAAGAAAUGAUGAAUCUGGAGAUUGGAUGACAUAUUGGGAUGAGUUUUAUGAAAGAAACUACUAUUACAAUAGUAGAACACAUGAGUCAACAUGGGAACAACCUCCAGAAAUGGCAUACUUAGAUUCUGUUUAUGUGUUAAAUGAGUUGAAAGAAAUGGUGUUUAAAAUAGAUGAUGAAGCUGAUGCUAUUAAAAAUGAUAUCAAAGAGGAAAAUUCAGGUGUUUUGCAACAUGAUGAUGCAUUAUUCAAUGAAUUAAGCAGUGAUGUUACCUCAGAACUGGAUCCAACUUGCAGGCUUUCAACUACUUUUUCUGAUGAUAAAUUCAAUGAACUUUUGAGUAGCAAAGAAGAUGAUGGAAAUAUUCAUCUCACACCAAAGAAGUUGUAUACUGAAGCUAAUGAUGUUCUUUACAAAAGAAAAAAGAAAGUGAAACGAACAAAGGCACACAAGAGAUCAUUUGUUGACAAUAAAGUUUCUUUUACUAAGCAUAGGUUGAAAUUGAGGUGUCAAUGGAUCCAAUUAUUAGCAAGUUGGUUUUCUGCAACUCCGGAAUGCAUAGCAAGGCAUCAUGCAUUCCGAUGUCGGAAUGGAAUCAUUGUUGACUGUUUUACUGGAGUUGGUGGGAAUGCAAUCCGAUUUGCAUCAAACAGCACCCACACUAUUGCAAUUGAUAUUGAUCCAAAGAAGAUCGAGUAUGCUCAACAUAAUGCAUCCAUUUAUGGAGUCAAACAUCUUAUAGAAUUUAUAACAGGCGACUCUUUCAUUUUAGCCCAAAACUUGAAGGCAGACACUGUGUUCUUGUCUCCACCCUGGGGUGGGCCCCACUAUGCUAAAGCAAGAAACUUUGACAUCAUCACUAUGCUCAAGCCACAUAACGGACAAUUUCUCUUCAAUGUGGCGAAACAAAUAGCUCCAAGAAUCGUUAUGUUUCUUCCAAGAAAUGUUGACAUCAACCAACUAGCUGAGCUGUCACUUUCUGCUAAUCCUCCAUGGAAACUUGAGGUUGAAAAGAACUUUCUAAAUGGCAACUUGAAGGCUAUUACUGCCUACUUCACGGAUCCAUCAUUGUGAUUCUGGUCGUUGAUAUUUAAAUGUUGUAGAUUGUAUAUGAAAAUUUAAACAUGUGUUGGUAUUUUUAUCUGAUUAUAAAUAUUCAAUAU